AGAGAGAGAAAAACAUCUAUGUAAGAGAGGCGCAUGGAUUGGUUGCCUCCCACAGAAGCCAGGAACCGAGGUACAUGACCUUGUCCAGGAAUCCAACGGGCGACCCUUACUUAGGUUCUUGGGCCAAAGCUCUAACCAAACCGGCCAGGGCAUGAACACCUUUUAAAAGUACAUUUUAAAAUCGUGGUCUGGGGCUUAGUGAUCAGGUUAGCUGGGCCUCAGCUUCCUGUCCUAUUGGGCCCUGGGCUCUCUAGCUUUGCCCGUUUCCUUCAUGCUAACCUGGAGCGCUAGUCCUCAAUUUUCUUCCCAGGCUGUAUUACAUGCUGGGGAGCCCUUGAGUGAUAUACUAGUCAAACACAUCAGAUUCCUUUCCUGAUCUCAGACUUCUGCUAAAGCUCCACGUUCCUGGCCUUUUGCAAAAAAGAAAAACGGAGACAUCCGUCCCCAUCACCACCUUUAAGUGACCUUCACUUCCACAACCACGCAAAACCCAACCCGAAACCUCCUUCACAUCUCUAUUCAACAGAACCAAGCCCAGCCACCGCUCGGUGGAACUGCUGUGACGUCACCGCGGAGAAACGCAUGCGCUGGGCCUGGAGGCCCUUUUCCGCUCUUUUCCAACGGAGCUCGGGCGUCCGCGGGUGCGACGAGAGAACUACAAUUCCCAGCGUCCUGUGCGGUGCGGGAGAAGGGAGGUCGGGACCGUGGUAAAGAGGAUCGGGAGGAUAGCGGGCCCGAGCCGGCCGCUCCUCCUUCUGAAGCGGUUUUGCACCUCUUUGGCCCGCGGCGUCGGCGGCGUCGGCGCUCACGCAGGGGCGGGUCACGGCGGCGUAAAGCGGAGCUGGGCGGGAAGGGAGGUCGUGGCGGUGGCGGUGUCGGCGGCGGGGACAACAGCCACAGCGGCGGCCACAGGGACAGCAGCAGCGCCGGUGCUGUCAGUGAGGCCGUCGGAGAAAUGGGAGACCCAGGGCCGGAGAUAAUAGGAUCUGUCCCUCCAGCGGGGCCUGGGGCAUCUGAGUCCGCAGCGGAUGAGAAUGAAGAUGACAUUCAGUUUGUGAGUGAAGGACCAUUAAGACCUGUCCUUGAAUAUAUUGAUCUGGUCAGCAGUGAUGAUGAAGAACCUAGCACCUCUCAUAGUGAUAGAAUGCCUGAGUCUAAGGUGCCAUCCUCUGAGAAUCAUCGCCCAGAAAUGUGCUCUAGCUGCAAUGUUCCUCUUCCCAUUGGAGACAGCAGCUCCUCUGGGAGUUGUACCAGCAGUCCACAGAGGAUAGUUUCUCAACCUUCUUCUGUUGAGAACCCAUUGGAGAACCAAAAAAAUGAUCAAAAUAAUUCAGAUUUUAAGAUCUCUGAGACAGAUACACUUAAACCAUCACAAAAUUAUCAGAAUCUGCCUUCAUCUCCACUUCUGGUCCCCCAAGAAUCUUUGGCCUCUUCACAGGUCAAGGAGGAUUUACCGCCAGAGUCUUCAGCUUCACAGCAUGGACAGGAUGCCAUCCUCUAUCUCCAGACACAAGUGGCUGAGAUGUCCCGAGUGAUACGUGAUCUACAGUCCAGGAGUUGUUUCAGAUUUCACCAUUCUAGGUCAAGUGAGAACUCCUCAGUUCCUUGGGACAUCACCUCCAAGGAAGAGAAUUUAUCUACAGUUGAAGAAGAAGCAGACUGCAAAUCCCCCUCAGCUGAUGACAAAGGACAGCCAGCUGAUCCCAGUCAGACCAGUUUCACAGGUCUUUUGAAGAGAAUGGAACAGAGAGGUGUUAUAAAGAGAGUAACAUUACAGUCUGAAGCAGAGUCAUGUGACGGGAAACCUGAUUAUGUGACUUCUAAAAAACGUCUGGUUCCUCCGCUGCAUCCUCUUCUAAGAAUUGCCACCACUGAGGUUUUUAAAGACCCUGCUGAUUGCCAUCCUUCUUCUUUCAUGGGACACAGGGUAUAUCCUGUGGCCAAGGAUACCUCUCCUUUUCAACCAAAUCCUCCAGCUGAGGGUCCCAUUGUAGAAGCAUUAGAGCAUAGCAAAAGAGGAAGCACAACAUCUCUUCUAGAUUCUACCUCAAAGGAAAUGGAGGUCAUGGGUUGUAGAUUUUACCAUGCUGCUUCCAUUGCAGCCCGAGCUGCUAGCUACAUGGCCUAUAUGACUCAGUAUCAGCGUAAACUCUGGGAAGACAUGGAGGAUCUGGUCCAUGACCCAGAAUUUGAUCGUGGAAAAGCAAGAUGUAUAAUAUCUGAUGGUAUGGAUGCAGGCCUUUGGCAGCUUUGUACUACUAGGGACAUAAUGGACUCUGUAGUCAGAGUUAUGGCAAUGGCAGUAGACUACAGAAGGCAAGCCUGGCUCCGACUUACAUCUCUCACUAAGAAAACCCAGGAGAAGAUCUCACACUUGCCCUUUGAUGGCACUUCCCUCUUUGGACAAGAUGUGAAUGCUGUUGUUGCAGAAGAAAACAGUAUAAAAGAAAAUGACUAUAAAGACCACAACAAAUAUUAUAACCAACAUCGAUACUUUUAUAGUCAUGAUCAGAAAGCACAUUAUCACAAUAGAGGGUACUCCAAAGGGGAUUGGUACAAAUCCCGAAACCACCCCUAUAGAUAUAGAAAAAAGGGAGAAUCUCCAGAACGCCAUGGGUACAAGAAUUAAUAGCCUGUUUGUUUAGCAGUAUAGCCAUCCAACAUCCUAAGUAUUUUACUUGCUCUUCCUGACUUAAACAGAUCUACAUGUAGGUGGUCACCUCAAAAAUUGAAUGCAUGUAUGGAAUUGCUUCAGCUUACAUUUAAAUUCUAGACUGUUGGAAUGAAGUAUAUAAUAAAAUCAUGCUUAUUGACCAAGUGAGCAGUGGAGACUUUUCAUCUAAGUAGGGUUGGACAAAGAUUUACCCAUUAUUUCUGAUUCAAAGUAAGUACAGAGGAAGGUACUCAGGAAUCAGAAUCCUCUUGUGAUCAAAGAAAAAGAUAAAGAUUUGUUCCUCAGGAAAAUCUUGCUGGUAAAUUGAGGACCAGGAGAUUUAUGGCCUGGAAAUAACCCACUAACCAGAUCUCUGUUUAACACAGAGACAGAUCCUUCAUUUUUAGGUUAUCAGUGCUUCCUUGUUCAGGCUUUGCUUGUCAGAUCUUCACAAAAUGACAAAUCUCUAUAUCAUACAACUCAAGCUCUGUGAGACUUCAAAAUCAACCAUGAAGCUGUAUAUCAAGAACUGGAAUUCAAGUCAAAUUUUGCCAAAUCUAGUUUGCUUCCAGUGGGAUGACUAGAUGUUACAGGUCUACAGUGGGCACCAGCUGGAAAAAGACUUUUCUACCCAUAAUGUCUUUAGAAAUUUCACAGUUAACUAUCUUCAUCAAAACUGAUUGCUAUCAUACCAUUACCACUCCAAGUUACAUUAUGAGAGAAUUCUUAGUUGUUGUCACUUAUAAGCCUCUGACAUAUCAAACUCAUAUCAUUCACCAAGCUGUGAGACCCAGUAAUGGUGUUCUCUCAGGAUAAUCUGGACCUUUCAACACGAUGACCUUCUUAAACCCACCUUCUAAACAGUUAAAAUUUUUGAGCUUGAUAAUUCAUCACACUUUAAAUACAAAACAAGAUAUGUAUAUUAGUGACCUGGAAAUAAAGGAUGUUACACCAUCUAGGCAUGCAAAUCUGAACUCUAAAAAGAGCAAGAAUUCUAAACAUGCCUGACAAUCCAGUUCUCUUACUGUAAUAAAAGGAAUGCCAUCAAUUGAUGCUAUUGAGAAAUCCAUAAGUUUUAGACUAUAAAUGUUGAUGUAGUAAAGAGAACAUCUCACACAGUUCGGUUUCUGGAUAUCUAUUUAAAUGAUAUAUCCUUUAAUAAUUUCUUAAAAGUCUGAAAUCAAGACUUCAGUGACAUGGUCUUUGUUUAUCGUUCCCUUAACCUAGUCAGACUUUUACCAUGAGAGACGACCUUGGUUUAAUUAAUAGUUCUCCACUAUCCUGGAACUAGCAGAUACCUCAAAUACAUGUCUCACAGUAUCUUUUCAAUCUCAAGGGAGUGGCUGUACUGUAUACCAGGCCUUAGAUCCUUGUCUUCGCAGCAUGACUUCAGAAAUGGAGAAAAUUGUCAAGUUUGAGGGGUCUGAAUACAUGACCCAGUAUUACUUGCUUGGCAGCCAAAAUAGUUUUUUUUAAUUCACAGACUUAUAACUUUGUAACUUGUUUGUCAAACAUCAAUAUCUUUUUAUCUGCUUGAUCGAAAUAUUUUGGGUCUACUGUUAGUGGAAUAUAACGCUAUUUUAGGAUUCAUGUGGUUUCAAUUUCUUGCCAUAGUUCUUGCAUAAUGGUAAUUGACGGUUUUCCUGGAGCCCCACUUUUUAAUAGCUUAUUGGAAUCUCAUUCUUUCUCUCCAUCAUAACCAUAUUCAGCACCAUAUUUGUGCUAUAGAGGUUGAAGAGGCAAAAAAUCCCAACUUGAAAGAAGUUAUUUACUUAGAUACUUUAAGGGUACUGUAUUAGUCCUACUUGUAGAUUAAGUCUAAACUACAGUCUUGAGAGCAUCAUCUUGCAAGUUUGGUCAUAUCUACGGUUAAUAUUUACCUUUAUAUUUCUGAAUUUCCACAAAAUUUUACUUCUACUACUUUAGAUCCAUGCCAAUGCUAUAGGAACUGUCUUUCAAAUUGAACUUUAGAAGAGCAUUAAUUAACUGCCUAUAAAGAAUCAGGCCUUAGAAAUCAUACAAAGAUUUUAAUACAUGAUAUGUACUACACCAGUAAAGUAGUCUUAUGUGCCAUCAACAUGGGACUACAGUUUCUUCUGUGAAAGGACUAGUCACUGGAGAGAGAGAGAGAGAGAGAGACCUUGGAACUGUUCUGUAUGGCUGCACAUAGGUGUUCCAAAUUAGCUAAGGCUACUUCAGACUGCUCCACUUUUCCUUUCCUUCCUUGAAUUAAAUACUGGGCCACAAACUCGAUGGUUUUUGAGGCAUUCUUAUUUUCCAGAAACCAAGCCAAACUAAAUGAUGCUUUAAGUAUGAUUUUUUGAAAUUGCUUUGGCACUUCUGCUUAAUAUGCUCCUCCUUUGUAAUUUUUUUAUUGUGGUUUAAAGAAGACAACCUAAAAUUUACCACAUGAACCAUUUUUAAGUGUAUAGUUCAGUAGUAGUGUUAGCUAUAUAUACAUUGUUGUGUGUAGCUCCUCCUUUCUUAAAUAUUUCUGAAACAGCAUUGCUAUUCUCUUUCUCCUAUGUUAUGUUGCUCCAUAAUAAAGCUGAAAACAUUGCUUUAUCACUCUCUAAUUGCUAUGUCCAAGCCUCUCCAGGGGAUUUUCCUACAAGUAAAAAGGUAUUUAGAAAUUAUUGAAUUUCGAUAAUCAAGUAGGUAACUUCUGAAGGGAUUUGACAAUUGAGUGGGGAUAGGGACAAAAUGCUGUAGAGUUGGGACAGUUUGUAGUUAUAAAUUAGUUUUUUGACUACAGAAGAAACAUCCUUAACCUGUUUGAUUUUUGUUAUUUUAAAAUCUUUCCCUGGCAUACUUGAAUGAUGAUGGUGUUAUAAAACUAAAAAUGAGGACUUGGUCUAGGGAGACAACCCCAGUAGCGUAUGGAACUCAUAAUUAGAUAAGUUUUCAUAUUGUGCCUGUGAUGUGCAGAGCCUGUGACAAAAUUCUCCAUUAGGCUAACCUCUUACGUUUAAAUACUUUAGGUUUUCUAGGAGGCCUUGGAAUAAUUGUAAGUUAAUAAUUUGGUAUUCUCAAAAGGGAUGUAUCUAAUGAUCCUUUUUCUUCAAAAUGUUAUUUCUUGACUAGACAUAAAAUAUAUGUGGACACAAUAUGAUUUCUUGUAGUUACUGUGUAUGGAGAAAUACUGUUUCCAUUAAUUGUUAUAUGAAGUGCCUUUUUAAAUUUCAUGCUUGUUUAAAAGUUAACAUUUUGAUGUCUUGCAUAUGUUGCUGGUGAUAAGUGAAUUUUGUACAGUGAUUUUUAAUCUUGUAGUUUAUUCAUUUGUACAAUUAAUUGCACUAAAUGUACUCUCCUUCUGAAUGUUUUUUUUUAUAGCACUGUUUAUCCAUUUCAGAAGGUUGUAGAGUAUGUCCCUCCUUUAUUUAAAUAACUUCACAAUAGUACAUUUUAGUUAAUAGUGAUUGGCUCAGUUUUUUGGGCAUUAAGGCAGCUUUGUUUUCUAUCUGUAGAUUGUAGGCUUUCUGAUUGAGUCAUUUGUCUCCUAUCUAGCCAUGGUAACACAACUUAUAUUUGACCUUAGGAAAAAGUAGUAAAUUUGCCGACACUUUAUCUUUCUAUUUUUUUUAAGACUGUGUGACAGCUUCCUUAUCACUGUAAUUGCAAUUUAAACUUUUUAAAAUUGUGUGGCAGCUUCUUUAUCAGUAUAAUUUUAUUAUUUACUUAGUCCGCAAAAUUGCAUUUGAGGGGAGCAUAAACUCUUUCAGGCUACUUGGAUACUAUUUAGUAUAUCACAUUAGUACUGUACUGAGUGAUCUGAUUAGUAAUGUCCUUGAGGUCCCAAUACAUACAGGAUAAAUUCUCAAUUACCAAAUACAAGGAGGUUGGAAUAGGCACAGUCUAGAAUCCCUUCUAGUUAUAAAAUUGGAUACAGAGUUGAAUGACAUGGAUGAACAGCAUUAAAUGCUACAUUCAGUAUUCUUGAGGAUGUAAUUAAUUGAUAGGGAUUCUAAUGAAGGGUUGAAAUUAUGGAUUAGAUCUUUGUAGAAAGAGUUUUAAAGAUUGCAAUAAUUGAAAGCUUUUUUUAAAAAAUGUGAGGCAUAUUUUGCCUGUGACUUGCACUAUUUAGGUUCCCUCAUCUUUUGAAAUUUGUAAUUUUUUACCUAAUGUUAACCACAAGUCCAAUGGUCAUAUCUGUAUGCAUCAGCCAGAUCCAUUCUAUAUAGUUUUUCAUUAGUGGAUACACUUAACAAAAAUAUACAGGCGGAAGUUAUCAGUAAACUGAUGAUCACUGCAUUGAAUGCAAAUAUUUUAGUUACUUUUUUCAGAUAGAACAAGUUUUGUAAGCCAUUAAAAUAUCCUUAAUGGAAUUUUUCUUCCUGGGUGAAUGAUGAAAAUAUUGUUUUAUUACAUCUUUUUUCUCUUAUUGAUUAGUGGGAUGAUAUUUUUGUACUGCUUUGUCUUUUCAUUUGCUUGAUUUUAUAUAAUGAAAACUUUUUUAUAGUAUUGUUUGGUACCAUUGAAGUAUCUUAUUACUGGAAAUUAUGUUUGCUUACAGUUGGCUAUAACUGGAAGUAAUCACAGUCCAACUAUGACCUUUUGAUGGUAGCAUAUCAGUUCAUUCUUUGUAUUGAUAUUUUCUUCUUUAUGUAACACCUCUUUCUACAAUGGUGUCUGAUCUUCUCUUAAUCUCUUUGAUGUAGAUUAUAUUUUUCAUUCUGCCCGUAUAACUAGCCAGGAUUUUGAUGUGGCUUUAUGUUUGUAUAUUUAAAUACAAUGCCUUCAGCAUUAUUGUAAGAGAUUUUCUAGUUUUCUCUUAUAAUGUCUUUAAAAAAACCAGUAGCGAGUCCAGUCUCUUAAACUAUUUCCCAUCUAUUGAACCUUCAUUGGUUUUUAAUGCUUUCUUGUUUAAUAGUAGUAUUAUUUUCUCAUUUCUAUAUAUUCUUCACACAAAUGUAUAUUACAUAUAGUUUGUGGUCAAUUGCAACUUUUCUCUGUAUAAAGAUUUUAGGACCUUCACCAUGAAUUUAUAGUACAGUUCUGAGAUGUGUACUGUAUCUUAAAGUUAGCCAGUUUUCUCUAGGUCUUAAGGGCUUUACUGGUUUUGUUGAGGUAACUGUCCAUUUCAAAUGGUCUAUUAGACUUUCUGAUGCCUUGUUAAGAAUUCAACAAGAGUUCUCAGGUUGUCUGUACUUUUAGGACUUUGGAGCUCUCUCAAGUUAUAUUGAGUUUUCAUAUAUUCCUGAAUAUAUUCCUUGGUAGAGGUGAAGUAAAUGCUUUAUAUCUGGUAAUAAUUUUAAAAUUUUUUCUCUGACCUUAAAUAUUUCAAGGGUUAUUGUAUGAGUUUUGUUAGUUGUCCCUUUAUAAGACUAACUUUGAGAUGCUAUUUUUUCCCCAGGAGCUAUCAUAUGCUUUCUGUUGUUGUUUUUCCCCCCUGGCCCAUAAGAGUGGUUCUAUCACAGCAUUUAAUUUUAAGGGCUACAAUUAGACCUCUUGUUAACUCCCAUUUUUAUUUAUGAUGACUAUAUUUCACAAUACUUUCAUUUAUAAUGUAGUAGUGUGUUAAAAUAACUAGUUGGUUUGUGGUCAACUUUAUCUGUACUUAUUUUAAUUAGUGAAGUAACAAUGAUGUAAACGAUGGGGGCAAAACAUUUUUUGUCACCAGUUUUAAAUUUUCAGUUCUAUUUUUAAAACAUUUAUUUACAUUAAGCUUCCUGCUGUUAGGUGUGCAGCCCAUUCCUUUCUGUCUUGGGUAGAAUAUAGUUAAUUUGUAAUUAGUCUCAUUUAGAAUCUGAGCACAGAGUUGCAUGCAUGUUGGUCUUUGUUUAAUAGCUUGAAACAGCACCUAUUUUCUUUUACUUUUGGCAAAAAUAUAUUUUGACAGAUCUUGGAAGCACCUUGAUAGCCUUGAGUCUAAUUGUCAUCUGCCUGAAAAGGAAGUAGAGGAGAGAAACUUCAUUUAUAGAACUUAUAUUUACUAGGCUGCUAAUUGCAAGGCACUCGAGGUAGACAUUCACCCUUAUUUUGUAGAUGAGGAAAUGAAAUUUACCAAUAAGCCACUUGCUCAAGCAGUGGAACUGCUUUGAAUACAGAUUCUAUUCCUUCAUAGUCUCAAGUCAACAUUGUACUAGGCUGCCUCCCUGUGUUUUUCAAGGUUCCACUCAAAUCUUACCUCUCUGAUUAGCUAAUUUGAGAUAUACUAAUCUUUGUCUUCCAUGAUAUACACUAAUCUUUGAUAUAUACUAGUAUUUGUAUUUGUCUGUACUCUCGUCCCUUAGUAUUUGAUGCCUUAUAUUAACUAAUUCCUGGCUAUUUCGCUUGUCAGAUAAAAAAACCCGAACAUCUUAGUUCUCCCAUUGAAGUUUUACUGUAUUAGACUAAGAUUAUUCUUGAUGCAUAGUCAUUGGCUUCUCUUUCAUAUGUUUCUUAUUUGCAUCCUAUUUAUUUUCAGCACUGAUUGUUUAAGUCAGUGGUGGGGAAAGUCUGGCCCUCAGGCCACAUAAGGCUGUGAAAUCAUUUGGUCUGGCUCUGCCAAGGCAUUAGAGGUGAAUUAAUUAAAUGUUUGACCAAAUAAAGCAGGUUAAUUUUUAAGUUGUUAAUUUUGUACAGCCCGAGACUGAUGAUAUAAAUAUCCAACUGGCCCAUGGCAGAAAAAAGGUUCCCCACCCCUGGUUUAAGUAAUGGUUCUUACUGCUUUUUUUUUUUUUUCUUCUAUCUUUUUUGUUACACCCAUUUUGUUUGAGAUAUACACUUAAACAUUUUUUUUUUUACUGGUAACUUGAGGAUAUUGGCUUAAUGGAAGGAAGGUAGAAUGAUGCGAAGCACGUGGUAUUUGAAUUCCAAACACCUUGACCUGAGUAUUAGCAAGUCACUUAUUUUCUGAGCCUCUGUUUUUCUACUUUCAAAUGAGGUAAUGCCUAGAAAUACUUUGAAAACUCAAAAACCCAAUAUAGAUUUUCUUCAGUAGUUCUGCUAUUUCUGUUCAUAUUGGUAGAUUUCUUGUUACUGUGGGAUGGUAUUGAAUAUAAAUACAGAUACAUUUUAAGAUGUAUUUAAUAGCAUGUAAUAGUUUUGUGUCAUCAGAUCAUGUUCUUCUUGUUUUCAGUUUUUUAAGGCUGAAUUAGACUAUAUUGUAAGCCCAGCAAUGGACUCUCAUUGAAAGACAUUUAAAUAAAAUAGUCUCUUUUCUCAAGAGCAAGCUAAGAAAUGUUCAUAAUAAACAAUAAAAAAAUUAAAGAGAAUGUAGAAUGAAGAGCUAGGAUAUGUAGGUACGUGUAUACAAUUUUUGAUGGAUGGUAUUUUGUCAUUUUGUGUCAGUGUUGAAAACAAUAAUCUUUUUAUUUGUCAAACAUCUCUCAAUAAUUGCCAUGUGCAGGCAGGUACUGAGGAAUGUGUGGGGAUGCUGGGUGUUAACACAUUGUGGACCAGUAGUUUUAUUGCUAGCUUUACCCAGUGGCCAAGUAAGUUUCUCUUGAAUGAGUACAAAAAACGUUUUACAUAAAUGUUAAAUGCACGCUUUAAAAUUAAAUACCCAUUGCAUUUUGAAGUUAUUUAUUACAUGUGCUUACAAGCUAAUAUCUUUUUAAAGUAUGAUUGGCCACAAGCCUUAGAACAGAAAACACGAGAAUUCUCGUGAUCUGUCCGCAAUGUGUUAAGAGAUGUUAUAUUAAGAGAAAGGAAUACCAGUACAGUGUAAUUAUCCUGUUUAGAGGAAUGCCUGUGAUGAAGUUGGGACAAAAGAUAGCUUCAUCUGGAGGGUCAAGGAAGCUUUUCUUACCAAAUUCUUGAGCUGAAGUUUGGAACAUGAUCAGAAAAGGGUGUUGGACUAGUGGAGAAUAGGAGCAAGGCAAUUGGGUGAAGGAAUCAGUGUGUGCAGGGCAUGGGAACAUUGUGUUUCUGGUUUCAGAAUUGUAAGAAACGGCCCUUAAGAGGCUAGAAUUGGAGGAGAUUAAGUUGAAGGAAGAGGAUACAUUACCCAUGAAAUCAUUGGUUCUUAUCUAUUCAGAGUGUACUGUUUGUAUGUAGCCUUUACUUGUAGAAAGUAAAGUCUGUCUAUAGGUUGGUUUGUACUGUAGUCCACUGUAGACAUCUAGAGCAAAUAUUUUUCUUCCUGAGCUGAGCCAGAGGAGAGCUCUCAAUCAGUGUACCUCUAGCCCUAGGGACAGCUCAAGCAUUGAAAUAGAACUGAGAUAGUGGUUGAGAAUAACUUUGAAGAUGAACAGGAUAAUGUCCCUGAAGUGGAAUGUGACAUCCCAUUAUGGGUGUAUAGUUGCAUACUUUAGGAUUGUCUAUUGGCAGUGUAUCCUCAGAGUAGCUAAAUGUGGGUAAUUUCCCUGUGUGUUGGCUUACAGAUCAUUUGUGGGUGGACUUGGGGAAAAUGAAGAUAUUUCUAAAAAAGUUGCUUCAUUGUAGUUAUGAGGUAUUGUAUUGAAGGAAGGGCCUGUGAACUUCGUGCAAGUGGUAUCUCCAGCAGCACCCAAAGCACAUUUUGCCAACUUUCUGUUUGUUUUUUUCUCUGGUUUGAUUUUCUUGCUGCUGUUGUCACUUUCACCUUUUCUCUCUGCAUAAUUCAUCCUUUUUUUUUUCCUGUGCCAGAGGUAGAGCAGUGGCACUCAGGAUUAAAAUGAUGUAACUCUCCUUUGCUUUGCUUUGCUUUAUAUUCAGAGAUAUUUUUUAAUUCCUUUAAGUUCCAAAGUUACAUUUAUUUAUUUAUUUUUGCCCUAUACUGAAGGAGAAUCAAAGUCAUCCUUCCUAGAAGGGAUUUUUAUACAUAUAGAUAUUGGCAGUUUACCCAAAAGACAAUACAGGAAGAACCUUAUUUAACAGGCUCAAUGGUACUAGCCUUCUUAACUUACUAAAUUACAGAAUGGGGUAUAGUUGUAUGUAUGUUUUAAAAUUUGUUCAUAUAAAGUAGAUGAAAAAAAAUGAAGUAGAUGUUCUGUGUACUUUGUAUUUGUAAACAAUAACCAUUUGGAGAAGGAAGGAGAUUGCUUUGUACAAAAGGCUUGUUUCCUGGGUCCAAAGCUUUGCUGCUGGAGAUGGUAAAUAAAUAUUGUACUGCUUUGCUGUGUUUA